CCUAAAUGGAGUUUGAUGCAAGCCCUUUUUUGCCCUUUUCUUCAUCCAGGUCCCUUCCAGGAGCCGAAUACGACGUCUUCUUGAGUUUUAGAGGCUCAGACACUCGCAUAAACUUCACAGAUCACCUAUAUUUCGCUCUCGUCGAUGUAGGUGUUCGACCCUUUCGGGACGAUUACGAGCCCAGCAUAGGAAAAGAGAUCGGCGCUGAACUCAUCAAAGCAAUCGCAGAAUCGAAGAUCUCGAUCCCAAUCUUAUCCAAAAACUAUGCUUCCAGUAAAUGGUGCCUCCGUGAGCUCGCUAAGAUGGUGGAGUGCAGGAGAACUACGGGACGACCGAUUCUACCCAUCUUCUACGAUGUCGAACCAUCAGAGGUGCGGCAUCAAUAUGGGAGUUACGGGGAGGCCUUCCUUCAGCACGAGAGACUAUUCAGUGAAAGUACUGUUAAUGAAUGGAAGGAGGCACUGAGGGAGGUUGGAGCAUUGAGCGGCUGGCAUCUGAAUACAGAAGAAUUUCAUGGGCAUGAGGGAGAACCUAUAAAGAUGAUUGUUCAAGCAGUGUUGUUAGAGUUGAAGAGGAAUUACAUGUUUUUAACUGACAAGUUGAUUUGAAUCGAUCAUCAUGUAAAUGUAAUGAUGGCAUUACUAAAUGUUAGCUCCAAUGAUGUACAAAUUGUCGGUAUAUGUGGCAUCGGUGGUAUUGGCAAGACAACUAUUGCCAAGGUCAUCUACAACAAACUCAUUCAAAAUUUUGAUUGUUGUAGCUUCCUUGAAAAUGUUCGAGAAUCAGCAAAACAACACAAUGGUCUUGUGAGUUUGCAGAAACAGCUUCUUACUGAAACUUUAAAUUUGCGUCCUGACAUUGCUGAUGUUAAUAGUGGAAUCGACAUGAUUAAACGUAGAUUUCUAAGAAAGAAAGUUCUCCUUGUUCUUGAUGAUGUUACUGAAAGGUCACAACUUGAUUGUCUCGUCGGGAACUGCAUUUGGUUUGGUCCAGGAAGUAGAAUCAUAGUUACAACUAGAGACAAACAUGUUUUAGGGGCUCUUGAAGUUAAUGGGAUUUAUGAACCCCCAUUCAUGGACUCCGAACAAGCUCUUCAACUUUUCAGUAUGCAUGCCUUUAGAAGUAAGUUUCCACCAGAAGCAUAUGAUAGUAUCUCUAGAGAAAUUGUAUCCACUGCUGCAGGUCUUCCUCUUGCUCUUGAAGUUAUAGGUUCAUUUUUAUCUGACAAGGACUUAAAAUCAUGGAAAGAAACACUGAUAGAGUUGGAGAAAAUACCAGAUGAUCAAGUCUCAAAAAAGUGGAUGAUAAGUUAUCAAGCAUUAAACGAUGCACAAAAACAAAUAUUUCUUGAUAUCGCAUGUCUUUUUAUCGGAAUGGAUAAGUCAUAUGCAUUUUACAUGUGGAAUGAUUGUGGCUAUGAUACAAAGACAGAAAUUAAUGUCCUUUGUCUCAUGUCUUUGGUAAAAAUUGGAGAUGAUAAUGUGUUAUGGAUGCAAAACGAGUUAAGAGUUCUCGGUAUGGAAAUUGUCCGUAAAGAAGAUUUCCUUGAUCCAGGAAAGCGUAGCAGACUAUGGGAUCACGAGGAGGCCUUGGUCAUACUGAAACAACGGGGGGGAACAGAAAUGGUUGAAGCCCUGAGCCUUGACUUUGAAUUAGGAUCUCAACCUCGCUUUACAAAUAAGGAAUUUGUGAAGCUAAUAAAGUUAAGGUAUCUCCAAAUGUAUGGUGCAGAACUUGUUGGGGAUUUUAAGGAUCUUCUUCCAAAUUUAAGAUGGCUUAAUUGGCGUGGUUGUCCUUCAAUAUUUAAACCCGCCAAUUUUCAUUUGAAGAAUCUAGUCAUUCUUGAUUUAUCAUACAGUGACGUCACAGAAGACUGGGGGGGUUGGAGUCAGAUCAAGACGGCAAAAAAUUUGAAAGUUCUGAAACUUGCGUAUUGUUCUAUAAGGAGAACUCCGGACUUAUCAACACAUGCACUCUUAGAGAUACUGAUUCUUCGAGGUUGUGCAUGUUUGAAUGAAAUAGGUCGAUCCAUUGGCAAUAUGAAGAAACUAAAAGUACUUGACAUUUCAGAGACUCGUGUAAGGAAAUUACCUGAUGAAGUUCGUAUGCUAGAGAAGCUGGAAAUAAAUGCCACUGAUUGUUUUUAUUUGAAGAGGGACAUUCCAAGUUGCAUUGGGGGACAAUCGUCUGAAAGAUUGGCUUUUCAGUUCAAAGGCCAAACAAAUGAGGAUGAAGAUAUUCUAGAAGAGAGCGAAAAUGAUGAGGGAGGUACUAAAACCAUUAAAUUACCAAGCAAGGUUGAAGGUGUGGCCGAAAGUGGUGAUGUUAGCAAUGAUGGCCUUUCCUCCAGUGAUGGUGAGGAUGAGGAGGAAGAAAUUGAAGAAGAGGAAGUGGAAAUAUUGGAAGGAGGAGAAGAUGCUUUAUACAAGGCCAAAGGAAAAGAGAGACGUUCUCAGGACCUCCUCACUGUUAAGAAAGAAUUCAAACCCCAGUUCUUCUCUUCCGAUGAUGAAGACUUUUCAGGUGGAAAAGAAAGUGCUUCUAAGAAUCUUCCUAUUACCCAGCAUUCCAGUAAAGCCCUCAAGAAGCGCAGCCCUUCCGAAAAAACAACUGGAAGGGUCGAAAGAAAGAUUAUCUCUGAUUUGGAAAAAACUGAAGACUUCAAUUUACCCCAAGAUUCCCCAAAGCUGAAGAAGAAAAAGGUGUCUACAGAGAUUGUUUUGGGCCCUUCCAUGGGACACAAUCUUCUUAACAUUCAUUUGGACCAACAAGUUGUACAAGGAGAAGAUAUAGCCCUUCAAGCCUCUAUUAUGGAAAGUUUGGCUAGUCAAGGUGGAAAUAGUUUGCCAUUUCCAGCUCCCACUAUUGGAAUUUCAAUCCCUUCUGGUCCCAUUGGAACUUCCACUGGCCCAGCACCUUCCAUCCUAGAGGCUACACGUUCUUUGACAACUUCGGCACCUUUUAUGAUGAAAAGAAGAGCCCUUCCAGCCUUGGAAGAUUUAUACAAAAUGAUCAAAGCCACCAAAUCUUCAAGUACAUCAACAUCAAGUGCUAGUGUGCUCAUGCUUCCUGGUCCUUCAGAUGAAACCAUCAUGCCAGCCAAAGAGCAGCUACUGUCAUACCUCUCUCAAGAUGUGGAAAAGGUAGUGUAUUUCCAUCAAAAUCUGGCCAGCACUCUGAACACCCUCAAGAAGCAUUCUGGAUUUACUGAGAGUAUCAAGAUUUCUUUGAACAAGCUGCAGCAUCAACUCCAAUUCAUUGUCUCCAAUGUGGAUUCAAGCUCUUCAUCCAUUGCAGAGUGUGAGAGGAAGGUGAAGCUUAGAGAUAAGGCUUUUGAAGAUUUCCAACUUGCAUUGGAGCCUUAUCCAGAGAUUAGAGAACAAGCUGAGAAGCUUGCAAAUCAAAAAGAGGUACUGACCGUGGAGCUGAACAGGAUUCAGAAAGAAUUGGAACAAAUUGAACAUGAAGAGUUUGAGUUGGAUAAAACAGCAAGUGCCAUUCUUACUGAGUCUGAGCCUUUCAAAAAGGAUUGGGAAAGCCUGGUUAAUGAACUCCCUCAGCUUGAGGAUGCUAAGGCCAGAGCAGUUGACUCUCUUGAAGAGUCAAGGCGGCUUUGGAUGGAAUUUGGAGGCAAGCUUGCUUCCAUUUAAUCUUUUGUGGUUCUUUUCUUAUGGCACUUCGUGGUUGCUUCUUUUUUUUUUUUUUUUUUUUUUGUGGAACUCUUAGUCUUUUGGAAAUGGUAGAGAAUAAAUGUGUUUGCUAGAAGUUGUGAAAACGGUGUUAAAGCGGGGUGCGGAAGCUAUUAGUUAAUUUUAGUCGUUAUUAACUCCUUUAACGAUCUAGAUAUGAUUUUUAGGUCAACUUACUCAAUUUAUAAUUGAUUAAAUUAUAUGAUCAAUUAACCAUCUACAAUCAUAAAUAUAAAUACUGA